UUUUUAUUUAGUUAUUUACGAAGCCACUAAAUUACGAUCCUGUAAAGUAGAAGGUAUCUGUUGGCCAAAGACUGCGACCUAACUGCUUUGUAAGGAAGUGUUCUCGCAGUGUAUCACUCUAAGGAAAACUAUCGGCGGGCAUGGGUUCUAGGUGAUCCACACACCUCACCCCCUGCCGGACUGUGAGCGGGCGAAGACUAAACUUAGUUGUGACAAAAAAAAAAAAAGAAACAAAAAAGCAGAACAGAAAUACUCGCGAGUUGGAAACGGCUGCGCCUUGGCCGCUCAGGAAGAGGCGGCAAAAACAAAAGCGAAAAGCCAUUCCGACAUUCUCGCGGACGCAACUGAACGAAUCGGACGAGCGAGGAAAGAUACUCGCGCAGAUACAGAUACAGAUACUUUUCAUAUUUCAGAUUUUCCGCCGUGCGAUAUAUUUUAUUUAUUUACCCCGCUCGGGCCACUGUUAUGUAAGGAGAGUGUGUGCAGCGUGGUGUUUGUGUUCGACCAAACUCGUUCGGCGGUGUCCGUGAUGCAAGUGGGGGUCUACGAAAGUCAAGGUCGCCACCCCCUACACGCACGCCCACAGCCAUCCCCUGUUACUGCGCCCAGUUGCCAUGAAUUCGCGAAGGUCUAAUCGGAAAUCCAAUUGUCGAAUCGAGCAGUGAAUCGAAUCAGAAAUGGAUGACUUUGGCUCGACCGCAUCCGACUUGGAAGAGGCCACCUGCCCCAUGCAGGCCAAUGCCACGUUCAGCAUCGAUUGGCGAGUGACCCUGCUGGACCACUGGUUGGAUCUCUAUCUUGGCUACAUGAACCGCCUACACAUGCUGCUAUCACUAGCCGGCAGGCUGCAUCUUCUAAGCCGGCACAUCCUGGGUACUCUCGGCCAGGAUCCGAUUUUUAUGGGUGUGCUGCAGGGCAGCCUGUUAAUGCUCUUCCUCUUCCUGAUGCACCUGCUGCGGCUGUGGAGCUGUGGAUACGCAGUUGAGCGGCCGCUGAACCCCACUCCGGACGUGGCAAAAGAGCUGAGCUGCGACUUCAACUUCGUCUCCGAGCAAGAGAAGCGAGCUGCCCAAGAAGCCGCGACGGAGGCUCUGCUAGAGGUUGAGGAGAAGAAGCGCCGCAAGCGGUUUACAAAGAAGCGCAACUGCGUGUCCGCCGGGCCGAUCCUUAUUGCCUUGCGCCAUCAGUCUAAGCGACCAAAGCACCAUCGUCACGCUGCUCUACCCUUUGAGCCCGUUACCCCCGGGGAAAUAAUCCUGGAUACCUACUUGCCGCCGCGGGAACUGCCGCUCACGAUAAGACUGCCUCAGUUGGCGGAGCCGGUCAAGGAAGAGGAAGUCGAAUAUAUCGAGCUUAAAUCGGAGCCCCGGGGGACCCUCAGUACGACCGACGAAAUUUACCCGGAUUCGUCCGACAGCAGUCUUUACGUUUCAGACGAGGAGCAGGAAGACGCCUCUCAGUAUUGCCGCGGUGGAUACCAUCCAGUAGUCAUCGGAGACAUAUUUGACAACCGGUUUCGAGUGGUCAGAAAACUGGGCUGGGGCCAUUUUUCCACUGUCUGGCUAUGCCGGGAUCUCAAAGAUGAGAAGUACGUGGCCCUCAAGGUUGUUAAGAGUGCUCCGCAUUACAUAGAGACGGCAGCGGACGAGAUCCGGCUCCUGGAAGCUAUCCGUGACGCAGACCCCAUGGACGUUAAGCGGGAGAGGAUCGUGCGGCUGAUGAACCACUUCACUGUGCGCGGUGUGAAUGGAAUGCACACCUGCCUGGUUUUCGAGGCCCUGGGCUGCAGCUUGUAUAAGCUGAUAGUGAAGAACAACUACCAGGGUCUGGCCAUCGCUCAGGUGCGUAACAUAAUCCGCCAGGUUUUGGAGGGACUGGACUACCUGCACAGCAAGUGUAGCAUCAUACACACGGACAUUAAGCCGGAGAACAUCCUGCUGGUGAUCGAUAAUGCCGCCGCGAUGAACCAGCAGAUCGACGAUGAGAUCAACAGUCUGCGCGUGAAGGGUGUCGACUUCCCCGACUCGUACAUCAGCUCCAUCGAGAAGCAGACCAAGUCGCGGGCCAAGUGGCCACUGAUCGAGCCAAAUGGAUCGACCAACACCAACACUAACACUAGCAAUAGCACGGCGACCAAUUCCAAUUCGUCGACUCCGCUGGCCGCCGUGAUCAUGUCCACGCUGGACAAGGAGGACACCACGACAACCACCUCGUCCACGCUCAAUUCCAACACCACAUCAUCGCUGGCCUCCAAGUACUCCAGUCUGUUGGGGGACAGCGAGUGCAACGGAGGCCUCGGCGGAUCAGCGAACAUAAACAACCGCUACCGAACGGAGAAGAAAAUCACUGCCAAGUCUUCUGGGGAUUGCGACGAAGAUGCCGAGUCCGACACGCUGGGCGAGCAGAGCACCUUGGCGAGCACCAUGGAUUCGCCCACCGAUCUCGAUCCCGAACCCGAACUCGAUUCCAAGCCCAACACCGUACCCGAGCCAAGUGAAGGACCGAUCCCAGAGCCCACCCCGAACUCCACCAAUAGCUCCUGCCCCUCCCACAACACAGCCACGAUAGCUAAGUCCAAGAUCAACUCGAAUAUUCUGAGCACGUGCACGUCCUUGACAUCGACCAACGAAUACUGUUUCACCAACACGAACACCACAACAGCCUCCACACCAAGUGCCCCUCCAAGUGCCACUCCUUCCUCCGCCCCUGCCUUAGCCUCUGCCACGCCCCCCAGCACGUGCACGCCCUCGUUCACGCAAAUAGCUCCUUCUGCAACAGCUCCGGCUACCAGUACAACCUGUACAACAUCAGCCGAGUUCUAUGAUGGCGAUCAUAAAACAACAAGCACAUCAACAACAACAACAUCCAAUGCGAUAUCCUCCGCAACAACAACAACCGCGACAACGACAACAGCAAUCGCUAAACUAAAUGUCCAUGCUAAUGCCAUUCCUUCGCAGAACCAGAGUCAGAGUAGCCAGAACAACACCUACACGAUCCAGUCGCUCAUUGACAACAGCAACGUUCGGGUAAAGAUCGCCGACUUGGGGAACGCCUGCUACGACUACCAUCACUUUACUGAGGACAUUCAGACUCGCCAGUAUCGAUCAAUCGAGGUUCUUUUGGGAGCGCCGUACAAUUAUACCGCCGACAUCUGGAGCACAGCCUGUUUGGCCUUCGAGCUGGCCACCGGCGACUACCUGUUCGACCCUCACGCCGGAGAGUCUUACAGUCGGGACGAGGACCACUUGGCGCAUAUUGUGGAGCUGCUGGGCUCCAUACCGCAGUCGGUGAUCUUCCGCGGUAAGCACGGGCUGAAGUACUUCACCAGCUAUGGUAGCCUGAGGAACAUCACCAAGCUGAAGCCCUGGAGUCUAAUGAACGUGCUGGUGGAGAAGUACGACUGGGACCCGGUGGAGGCCAAGAAGUUCUCCGACUUUCUGCUGCCCAUGCUUGAGUACAAUCCGGUUAUACGGGCGUCGGCAGCGGAGUGCCUGCAGCAUCCGUGGUUGGAGCAGGAGGAGUUCGUCUAAGAGGCUCAUGGAGUGACUAGACAGCCAGAGAGACACAGGCAUAGGCACAGUAAAAUAUUGCAUACAUAACAUACGUAUUUCGUACUCGUAUUGUAUUUCUAGGCUUAACUUUUAUAUGCAAACAAUUUGCCAUAAAGAGGAGGUAGCAGGAAAAUGGGAUGAGGAGCUAGCAUUAAAGGACUCGAUCGAAGCACACACAUUUUACACUUACGAAAUGCGGACGAUGUGGGGGCGUUCCGCGUCGAAUUUUUUAAGCUUUUUAAUUUUUGUACUUGAGAGCUUUAAAAUGUAAUUACUAAAGAAGCGAUUUUACUUUUAACGACAAAAGCAAACGAGAGAAGUAGCGCAAAUGUUUUUCAAGUUUUAUUUCGACGACGUGCAUAUAAGUAUAUACAUACAUAUACACAUAUAUUUUUUAUUAACUGAGAAACAAAAACAAAAGACAAUGACGACAAUUUUUAGUCAACAGAUGCCUAAACUGACUGACUGAAAAGGAAUACAUUUUCAUGCGAAACCAAGUAAAACCAAAUCAGUGAGAAAUGCUAAAUAGAUUGUACGAACUAGCAAAAUAUUCAGCAUCACAUAAAUAACAAUACCUUCUAUAAUAUUAAUAAGCAAGUAUGUGUAUAAUUAACGAAACCCCAUUGUAGAUAUCGAGAAUGUUCACAAAUACAGAUGUAAACUCAAAUAUUGACAGCUUUUUAGCAGAGUGUAGUGAUUUUGGUACAUUUAACCGAACCCAUUUGUAGAUGUUUAGGCCUAUGUUGAUUACGAGCAGAUUUGAAAAGAUGCCCUACUUACCCGAUUUCGGUUUGCAAAACUUAUCAUUUAACCAUCCGUGAAAAAGAACCUAUCCCAGAUCAUGUAAUUCAAAAAGAAUUAAAAACAAUAAUAAAUCAUUGCAUAAAAGUCUUUGUAUCGGAAUUGAAAACUCAAAAUCGAAAUUUAAAUACUACCAAUGAUAACUACUGAGAAAUCAUAUUACAAAAUAACGAAAACAUAUUUUACUACUUGCCUACAAGUAUUUGUACACAAGCCUACAAAGUAACAUUGAACGUGACCAAAUAAUUUAAUAUUGCGGAAGAUUUUUCCCCCAAACUCAUAUUUAAUAUACACACACGUGUGCGCAUGUGUCCAAAUGAAAUUUAACAGAAAUUGAAGCGGAGGAGCUGCACGUUCGCGGGAGUGGACACAUAUUUCAAUAAGCCGAAAUAAAGAAUAUACAUACCGAUCCG